AUGAGUACUCCUUAUAAUGCUAAUAUUCAAUUGAAGAAAAAUUUUGGUGACCCAGUUGCUCAGUCUAAAUAUGCUCAGAUUAUUGGGAGUUUGAUGCAUCUAAUGAAUUUUACAAGACCUGAUAUUGCAUAUGUUGUGUGUAGACUAAGUAGAUAUACUCAAAAUCCCAAUCGUGAACAUUGGUAUGCGUUGGUUAGACUAAUGAAAUACUUGAGAGGUACCAUGAACUAUGGUAUUCUGUAUAGUGGAUAUCCCACUGUAUUAGAAGGUUACAGUGAUGCUAAUUGGAUCUCUGAUUCAAAUGAGACAAAAUCCACUAGUGGUUAUGUGUUCACGCUUGGUGGUGGUGCAAUAGCAUGGAAAUCAGCUAGACAAACAAUUAUUGCUAGAUCAACUAUGGAAUCAGAAUUUGUAGCCUUAGAGUUGACAGGGUCUUAG